AUGGAGGAGGCUGCGACGGCGGAGCUUGAGAGACUCCAGAUCGAAAUCCUCCGUCGAAUUUCCGAUCUCGAGAGCUCUAUCCUCCCGCAGCCGCCUUCUCUACCGGCUGAUGAAAGCGAAACGGUGACUCGCCUCUCCGCCAUCCUCCGUUCCGGCGGCGUGAAAGACUUCUCCUUCAAGAGAGUCGCUCCCGAUUACUACGACUGGCCUCUCGAAUCCCGCCGUGACGUUCUCGGGGCGGCCUCUGUCGACCAUCUCUGCAAGAGCAUUGUUCUGGUUAAUACACAAGCUUCAUCAAAUAUUUUGGAUUGCAGUGAUCGCAACAACUCAAAAUACUACGUUGUUGUUGUUCAGUAUACUGCCAGAUUCAACGCGGAUGCAGUGAAGAACUUUCUUUAUUCACUAAAUGAGGGCAAGAUCCCUAAAAAAAGAUUUAAUUUGAGACUUGCUCCUGAGGAGACGUCAAUCAAAUUGACUGGAUUUGAGCACAAUGCGGUUACCUGUAUUGGUAUGAAGACGGACAUACCGGUGAUAUUGGAUGAGGCCAUAACCAAGCUUAGACCGGACUCUUUCUGGUUGGGCGGUGGAGAGAUAGAUCUGAAGCUGGGCGUCCGAACAUCUGAUUUCCUUGAUUUUGUGAAGCCAUUCAUCGUUCCGUGCAGCUGA